CACCAAGUACUCGGAGAUGUAAUUUUAGCAAAAACUGCCUCUACAAAAUACUGAGUUGAGUGAAAUACAAAUGAACGACUCUUGGCAGAUUUUAAUUUGUUAAAAAAAAAAAAAUCAGUUUUCCUUACUUUUCCACCUUCUAAAUAAAUCAAUAAAAUCCCAAUACACUUCAGGUGAAGCUUGUGGAAAACAUAAAAAAAUUCAAAGUGUGUGAAUACUUUUGCAAGGCGCUGUAGUUCCAAACAGCAACACAACUCACAGUACAUGUCAACGGUUUCUCCUUCCUGCCCAAUGCCUGCAAGUGACACAGUGGCUAUCUAUAGCCUAAUCUAUUUUCAGACCAGGCAGGCAGGACGCAGUUCAGCUCAUACUUAAACUCAUGUAGUGUUAGAGGGAAAAUGGCUAAUCUACAUUCAGGUCAUGCACCAAAUAAUUACUUGGGACCUGUUUUAGAAAGAUGAGGUCUUGGUGUGAAUGAUCAUGGAAGCGCCUGAGAGCCUGGGAAUCAGCCAGGAUAUUAAUGCCGAGAAUUCAACUGUUGAUCUGGAGGAAGCAGAGGCAGACUGGGUGAGAGUGAGAGUGGAGGAAAGCUGGUUCCAUCUUAAUCGUGGGUUUCUUGUAAGGCACAGCGACUAUUUCCGAGCUCUAUUUCACUCAGGGAUGAAAGAAAGCCAGGAAGAGGAGCUAUAUCUGAGAGGAGGAGUGCACGCAAGAGGUUUCCUUAUUGCGCUUGCUGUCUGCAGGGAUGAGAACCCCCCCAUCAGGGACCCAGAAGAGCUUGUUGAAGCCGUAGAGUGCGCUGCUUUCCUGCAGAUUCCCACUUUGACUCGGCAUCUUUGCAACAUCAUAGACUCGGAUAACUGCCUCUUGCUUUACCACGCGGCUUCCGUCUUCGGAGUGCACAGACUGUUUCAGAACGCCUCUCUCUUUCUUUGUGAUGCUUUUGAUGACCUCAAGGAAGCAGCAGAAAGCACAAUUCCUGAAGACUUGGUCAAAUACUCUCAAACGCUCUCCCCUGCUAGUUAUAUCGCUAUAGGGACCCAUACGCCAUCAAUGGAGCUGCUACAGGACUGUUUCAGGGUUGUUUGCUUCCUUGAUGAAAAGGAAGGGGAGUGGAAGCAUCUGACAAACCUGCCAACUCUUUGCAGUACCUCCAGGGCUGGGGUGGCCGUGCUUGACAAUCGGCUGUACAUUGUUGGAGGAAUUUACGGCUAUGGCAAAGACACAGUGGACGGAAGCUUCUGUUACAAUCCAGAUUCAGGGAUAUGGACAACUCUUCCAGGUCCACAGCAACCAAGAUACGACUUUACACUGCUUGGGCAUGAGGGGCGCCUAUAUGCCAUUGGCGGAGAAGCUCAAAAACAGGUAAUUUCCACAGCAGAGAAGUACGACGCAGCAAAGGGAGAGUGGACGUUUAUCCAACAUGCACCCAGACCUGUAGCAUCAGCAGCUUGUGCUGUUGCUCGUCAGCGAAUGUUUGUUUGCUUCUGGAAACCCCCUGACACUACAGAUAUCUAUGAGUACAUGCCUUUAAAAGAUAAGUGGAGUCUCACCACCACCAUGAUCAGACAGCAAAGCUACGGCCACUGUAUGGUGGCCCACAGGGACAAUUUGUAUGUGAUGAGGAACGGGCCUUGCGAUGACUUCCUGCGCUGCCUGAUGGACUGCUACAACAUUACGUCUGGUCAGUGGACUGCCAUGCCCGGACAUUACAUAAACAGCAAAGGGGCGCUGUUCACUGCGGUGACAAGAGGGGACUCUGCGUUCACAGUGAAGCACAUGUUGACUCUUGAAUACACCAUCACGGCAAAUGGAUGGAAACCCCACAGACAGAUGAAGGGAUUCCCAAAGAGUGGUUCACUAUGGACUUGUCUACUUAGACUCCCCAAGACCGGACCAGUUACACCAGAACUGGAUGUGGAUGAGAGACAAAGAGAAAUUGCUUUGCCAGACAUUUCAGAAAGAUUUGUGGAUGCUGUACAACAGAUGUGAAGUUACUCCAACUGUGCUAGAAUGAUUAAAAGUCUAAGAGAUUAAAA